AUGAAUAUCUUUAGGCUUGCUGGGGAUAUGUCGCAUCUACUUGCUAUAAUUUUGCUUCUCGUUAAAAUAUGGAAGACUCGUUCUUGUGCUGGUUUAUCGGGAAAAACCCAACUGAUGUUUGCUCUGGUCUUCACUACCCGAUACCUCGAUCUCUUUCUUUACUUCGUGUCUGCCUACAACACAUUAAUGAAGAUCGCAUUUGUCAUUCUCUCAUACCUCACAUGCUAUUUCAUGUUCUUUAAGUUUAAAACGACUUACAACAAGGAGGAUGACAUCUUCCAAGUCUUGUACCUCCUAGUCCCCGCUGCCGUCCUUGCUGUGUUGGUCAACCAUCACUUGACUCCUAUUGAGGUUUUAUGGACUUUCUCCAUCUAUCUGGAGGCGGUAGCCAUUCUUCCACAGCUCUACAUGAUCACCAAGACUGGGGAGGCGGAGACCAUUACGGCGCACUACCUCUUCGCGCUGGGUUCUUACCGUGCUCUCUACAUCCUCAAUUGGAUUUACCGCUAUGUAAAUGAGGACACCUAUGAGCUCAUUGCAAUUGUCGCGGGCAGUAUCCAAACCGUCCUUUAUGUUGACUUCUUCUAUCUCUACGUCACUCGUGUCGAGUUCGCCCCCUUUAUGUGCUUACCACUCUUAAGUCGUCUCUUACUCAUUUCUUUCCCCAGUUCUGAAGGGCAAGUCACUGGUGCUGCCGGUUUGAAUGGAAGUCCUCCCUUGCGGUCUGGUGGUGUUCUCUCCUGUGGAAACGUGAAUUGGGCUCGGAGAACCGUAUGCAAUGUUUGUAAUGCAGCCAAAGUCAACACGCAGGGUCAACGAACUGGCUAUGGUGGCGGUUAUAUGGAACGAGAUGAAGUUGUUGAUUACAAACGUCACGAUGAAUCCGAUGAUGAAUAUGACGAGUUUGGAUUGAAAAAGAAGAAGUAUCGGAAGACCCAUGGAAACGGCGACGAACCAGGCCCAGAGGAGGAGAAAGUGGUGGCAGAAGGAAACGACGGAGACAAAAAUACGGAUCCAGAGGACCAAGAGGAGAGGCAAGAAGAAGAGGAAGAAUCCGGAGAUGACGAGGACCUUGCGAAAUAUGACAUUUGGGGCGACGAUGAUGGGGGCAAUAAUAACGAAGGCCAGAAAUCCCCUACCACAAAAAAUGGUAUAAAAGGAGAUUCGGCCGAGGAUAUUGAUGAGGAGGAGGUUCAAGUGAAGAAGGCGCAUACUUCAUCGUCUCGAUCAUCCAGCGAGGGCAGUAGCAGCAGCUCUGACACUAGUAGCAGUUCAAGUGAUGAUGACAGUUCUUCGCUGUCCUCUUCUUCCAGCUCUUCCUCGUCGAAGUCUCGUUCAGCUCCAGAGGAAGAGAAGCGGGCGUGA